CUUAGUUUUGAGUUUGUUGUCUACUGUUUGUAGAGUUAGGUUACAGGCGUGUUUGGUUUUUGAAUCUUAACAACUUAUUUUAUUCUUAACUGAAAGAAUUUUUAACACUUUUUUAUAUAUAAGAUUUAACUACAUCCUAUCUUUUACAUUUUAAUAUGGCGGCUGUUACCAAACCUAAGUCAGAAAUGACUCCUGAAGAAUUAGCUAAAAGAGAAGAAGAAGAAUUUAACACUGGACCUUUGUCUGUUUUAACUCAGUCUGUUAAAAAUAACACUCAGGUUUUGAUUAACUGCCGCAAUAACAAAAAACUUCUUGGACGUGUAAAAGCAUUUGACAGACAUUGCAAUAUGGUGUUAGAAAAUGUGAAAGAAAUGUGGACAGAAUUACCAAGAACAGGAAAAGGGAAGAAGAAGGCCAAACCCGUGAACAAAGACAGAUUUAUUUCAAAGAUGUUUUUAAGAGGUGAUUCAGUUAUACUUGUCUUAAGAAAUCCACUUGCUACUGCAGCAGGAAAAUAAAUUUUUUUAAUUUAUCUUUUUUACUUAUUUGUUUAAAAUGAUAAUUUCAUUUUGUAUUAUUGUGUGUAAAUAAAUAUAUGUGUCUUUAUUAUACCUAUCAAUGCCCUAUUAUACAUAGGCAAUAUACUUCAUUAAAUCUAUAUCCAGAAGAGGUAGGUUAACAAAAUCCUUAUUUCUUCAUACAUUUUAAAGGCGAGACUAUAAAUAAUUAGUAUUGAUUAUGUAUGAUUUCAAAUAUAAUUUAACUAAUAUAAUUACACUUGUUACUCAACUUUUAAGAACUAUAUAAAUAAAUAAAACAAAUAAUUAAAAAGAAAAAAACAAAAUUAUUUCAAAAAGUUCUCAGUUUAUGAUGCACCAUAUUUUCCCUUGUUGGCUUACUUGGCAGAGUUAUAAAAUAUGUUGCUGUAUGGUGCAUUUGCAAAUUAUUUUAAGAAAAGGACCAAUUUGAAUAGUUUAAAAACAGUUUUUUAUUUUUAAAUAGUUCAAUUUCAAUGUUUUAUUUAAAUUCAGACUGGAUAUAUUAUAAAUAUAAAAGAGAGAAAUUAAAUGAUGAUUAGAGAAUGGAUUUCCUGAUGACCGAUUUUGGUUAUUGCACAUUUUAUUUGCUUGCAUGUAAUAAUCUCCAACCCGAAUAUAUCCAUUUCACAAUCUAGAAUAAUAUUGAAAUUU